UCCAGCUGUGCAGUGGGGAGGGCUGGCCCGACCUUCUGUCCACUGUUGCAACGGCCCCAGGAAGCCACCCCCAAUAAACAGCAGUACCUGCUCAGAGCCCCGGGGCUGGCUGGCGGCUCUGCGCAGUCCCGGAGGGCCCUGGAUACGGUGCUCUGCCACUCCGGACAGCAGCAGGGACUGUCGAGAGAAGCAAGGGGCUCUGUCCGUGACCCCUGCUGCCACUGUGGAGCCGGGAGGGCUGACUGGCCAGGUCCCCCAGAGCUGGACGUGUGCGUGGAGGAGGCUGAGGGUGAGGCGCCGUGGACGUGGACUGGCCUCUGCAUCUUCGCCACACUCUUCCUGCUCAGCGUGAGCUACAGCGCUGCCAUCACGCUCCUCAUGGUGCAGCGGUUCCUCUCAGCCACACGGCAGGGGAGGCCCCAGACCUCCCUAGACUCCACCAACAUCCUCCAGCCCCCUGCCUAG